AUGCAAAAAAAUCGCCAAACUGAUGGUUGUCGAUUUGAUUUUCCAAAGCCAGCAAGUGUUAACACCGUUUGUCUUGGACCAGAUGAAGCACUUGCUAACAAUGGACGAUUUUGUAUAUUGAAACGAACCUCAAAUGAAGCCAUGGUAAACAAUUACAAUGCAGUUCUUUUAAAUCUAUGGAAGGGAAAUAUUGACGUGCAACCGUGUGGUAAUGUCACCGCUGUGGCCUACUACGUCGCAAAAUAUGCCAGUAAAUGCGAACCACAUGACACAGGUGAUGUAAUUCGAGAAGCUAUUUCGAAUGCUAAGAGACAAGGUGGUGAUGUUUGGAAACAAUUGUUUUCAAUAUCAAUGACUAUUUUAAAUAAACGCUUGGUGAGUGCGCCCGAAUGCGCUUACAGAUUAUGCCAUUUGCCAUUGAAAAUGUCGUCGCGAAAGACUGUUUUUGUGAAUAGAUGCAGGCCGGAGGAACGUUACAGACUCCUGAGAUUUGAUAGUGAUGAAACCAGUAUUUACAAUAAUAUUUUUGAUCGUUAUGUAUUACGCCCAAACGAGCUGGAGAAUUUAAGCCUUGCGGAAUUUGCCGUCCGUUUUGAAACCGUCUCUAACACGACAUGGUCAGAGGACAAUGGGGAUGCGGAACUGAGAGACGAAGAUAUUACGCCAGAGAGGUAUAUCAGAUUGCAGGACAAUACGAGAUUGCGUGUAAGAAAUAGACCGGCAGUGUUACGUACCCGCUAUUAUACAAUUAAUAGCGACAAAGAAGCAUAUUAUUACAGUUUAUUAGUAUGCCAUAUACCAUUUCGUAAUGAAGGCGAAUUACUUUUCGAAAAUGAAACCGCUGAAGACUGUUUUAUAAGACGAAAAGGGGAACUUCGCCCGUUGCAGGGUGACAUCAGUUCAGAACAAAUUGGUCAUGCCGAAUUAAUUAUUCAACAAGCUGUUGCGCAAGCUACCGCGCUUAAUGCUGCGCGUGAAACCGAUAUAGGCAAUGCUUCCAUGUUAUGUGUUGGUGAAAAAAUUUUACAUGACGAUGAUAACUUUUGUGAAGACAUGGACGAACGAGCCGUCAUAUCAGAUGAAUUGUUCCUAGGAAGCAUUCGAGGAUUAAAUAUCCAACAGAAGGAAUUAUUUCAGAAAGUUUCAACGGAAAUCGAAAACGAUUUGCAUGGACAAGAAAGCCAGCUGUUACUUUUUAUCACGGGCGGUGCAAGCAGUGGUAAAUCAUUUCUGCUGAAAUUAAUCGUGGAGCACAUUAAGCGUUGUUACGCACCAACAGUAGAUAUACUGCUGAAGCCUAAAUUUGUGGAAGUUGGGUCGCUAACCGGGGUUGCCGCUCGUCAAAUUUUUGGCAAAACGCUACAUAGUAUUUUCUUGCUUCCGAUUGAAAAAAAAAUUCUAUGA